AAAGACCGUGUGCGUUUUUCACGUCUGCAAAACCCAGCAGACGGAUCUUGCCUCUGUUUGCUGUUCAUCCCAUCAGCGAUCACAACUGUGCAGAGUCAUUCUGUUCUUCAGUGUAAACAAAGUGAUUUGGAUCCACUUUAGCCAUGAGAGUUUCUUGGCUGCUAGCCCUUGUGGCUGCAGCAUAUCUUCACUCAUACACGACGGAUGCAAAAGGCUUAACCGGCAUUGGAAAGUCUGCUGAUGACAAAGACCCCAAGGCACUUGGUUCACUCAGUACAAAGAACUCGGGUAAGCAGGGUGCUACAUCGGACACCAAGCGAGACGAUGGGUCAAACGAUGACAAGAAGAAUUCAAACAAUGCGAAGAACACGGCGGGUGCUGCAAAGCCAACAGGUAAGCAGAACUCGCCCGAGACUGGCUCGAACAACAAUGAGAAGAACAACGAGAAGGAUAAAAACGCCCAGUCAGCGCAAACAGCUGCUUCUGCGUUUAAAAACGUUGGGAAGAGCAAUGAUCAGGACAAGAAAGAUGCUGAUAAGAACAAGAAAGGCAAUGCCGUGGAUUCGUCAAACACGAACGGUGGCACUGAUAAAAAUACUGGAGGGUCGAAUGGCGGAGAUAAAGACAACAGAGGCAAAAACGACGAUGACGUCGAAGACAUAAUAAAAAAUAUAUUUAAACCUGGAGACAAGAAGAUUUCUGGUGGAUCAGACAAGAAAGGCGGCAACUCUCCCGGUGGAUCUGAUAAAAACAUAGAUAAAGAAAAUAAAGGCAAAAACGACGGUGGAUCAGAUAAAGAUAAAGAUAAAACUUCAACCAAAAACGGAGGUAAAAGAGGCGAGGGUAAAGGUGGAUCAGAUAAAGACAAAGAUAAAACUUCAACCAAAAACGGAGGUAAAAAAGACGAGGGUAAAGGUGGAUCUGACAAAGACAAAGAUAAAGAUAAAACUUCAACCAAAAACGGAGGUAAAAGAGGCGAGGGUAAAGGUGGAUCAGAUAAAGACAAAGAUAAAACUUCAACCAAAAACGGAGGUAAAAGAGGCGAGGGUAAAGGUGGAUCAGAUAAAGACAAAGAUAAAACUUCAACCAAAAACGGAGGUAAAAAAGACGAGGGUAAAGGUGGAUCUGACAAAGACAAAGAUAAAGAUAAAACUUCAACCAAAAACGGAGGUAAAAGAGGCGAGGGUAAAGGUGGAUCAGAUAAAGACAAAGAUAAAACUUCAACCAAAAACGGAGGUAAAAGAGGCGAGGGUAAAGGUGGAUCAGAUAAAGAUAAAGAUAAAACUUCAACCAAAAACGGAGGUAAAAAAGACGAGGGUAAAGGUGGAUCUGACAAAGACAAAGAUAAAGAUAAAACUUCAACCAAAAACGGAGGUAAAAGAGGCGAGGGUAAAGGUGGAUCUGACAAAGACAAAGAUAAAGAUAAAACUUCAACCAAAAACGGAGGUAAAAGAGGCGAGGGUAAAGGUGGAUCGGAUAAAGACAAAGAUAAAACUUCAACCAAAAACGGAGGUAAAAAAGACGAGGGUAAAGGUGGAUCUGACAAGGACAAAGAUAAAGACAAAAAAGGCAAAAACGACGGUGACGUCGAAGACAUUAUAAAAAAUAUUUUUAAACCUGGAGACAAGAAGAAUUCUGGUGGAUCAGACAAGAAAGGCGGCAACUCUCCCGGUGAAUCUGAUAAAAAGAAAGACAAGUCCGGAAGUAAAAAAGAUAAAAUUCGUGGUGGAUCUGACAAGAAAGACGGUGGCUCUAAAACUGGGUCUAAUAAAGAUAACUUGAUUAAAAAAUUGCUGGAUUUCGGUGGCACGAAGAAGUCUGACGGUAAAUCCAAAAGUCCAAACACAAAGGACAAUUCUAAAACCAAAAAUAAAGGAUCAAAAGAUCAUUCAAAAGGAGGUUCCAAAAAGAAAGAUAACGACUGCGAGGAUGUAAAGCUAGAGAGUGUCAACUAUGAGGUCGCCACCAAACAAUUCGACAAAAACCGCAAGAUCGCGUCCGUCUCCCUCGUCAACCAGAUUUCCCUGACGGUUUGUGCGCUUGGAAAAACAUUCGGCUUUGAGGGACAUAAAGCUUUUGUCAACGGAGGAUGCCGAGGGACAUUGAGGGUCUGCUAUGAGCGUGACACAAAACCCAAAAAGUUGAAGUGUAAAGCACCAUAUCGAGACAUCUACGGCUACUGUCUCCUGCCAGUCACUGACAAUAAGAGGACCUUCUCAGAGGCCGCAGACAAAUGCGCCAGCCUGAAGGGACGCCUGGCCCAGCUGGACAACCCGGACUUCACAAUUGCUGGCAUCGUCGAGGAAUUCCCAGAACUGGAAGGCCACAGAUGCUACUUCGGUGGAGGAAGCUUCAGUGAGACUCUUGUUACAAGAGUUGCGGACAAAUUCAAAAUGGACAAAAAAUCAUGCCAAGGCGCUUUGAAAAAAUUCUCCAGUAAAGCGACCGUUGUUGAUAUGAACCAGAAGACGUCACUAAGCAGCCAAUGUGUUGUCGCUGACUUCGACCAAACCAAAAUGAUGGACUUUGCUGAUUGUAACGACAAGUUGCCUUUCAUCUGCGAACAGCUCGUAAAAGAUGACGAUGAAGAAGACGACGCAGAUGGUUGGAGCGAAUGGAUUAACAGCAACAGCGAUCUACAGAACGGCGAUGAUGAGAAUCUAUCAAAAAUUAUCAAAAAAGCCACAGAUGGCACCUUGCCCAAUAAGAACGUGAAGCUGUGCAAGAAUCCCAUCAAGAUGCAAUGCCGAGCUGUAGGUACACAAGCACUCAUCAGCAAGUCGAAUACCAACGGUAUCAAGCUGGACAAAGCCUGUGAGAGGAACGCCAUCACCUGCAAAAACAACAAACAGGCUAAAGGCGCCAAGUGUCCAGACUACGAGGUCCGUUUCAAGUGUCCACCUUCACAACAAAACGACUGUUCAGUGGAAAGUUUCAGACAAAAAUGCGAACAACAACGAAAGGACUGCGUCCAGACACCACUUGGGGGACAGUGUGUGAAGAAGAAGAGAGAAAAAACGGGCAAGGAAGAAAUCGGCACAAGUUCAUGCACAGUCAACGCAGUCACCUACAAACUAUUCGAGUGCUCAUCCAGAGGCGACCCUCACUACAGAACACCAGACGGCACCAAGCUGGACUUCCAGGGCGGAUGCUCCUACAACUUGAUGAGCACCUGCAACAACUACCCAGAGCUUGGCGUCUUCCCAGCUUUCAGCCUCGUCUCCUCCAACAUACGAGAGCGCCCAGAGGACAAAGUUACCACCACCAAAUCCUUCCAAUUUACCGUCCAGGACAAAACAUACUUGUUCACUAGAGGCGGAUUCGAAGUCAACGGCCUCAAGCGUAGUGCGGUAGAUUAUGAAGAUGAUAUCAUAAAGAUUAUGGCUGAGCGAAAAGGCAGUUCCUACCAGCUAACCAUUCAAACAGAUUUUUGCAUGCUUUUGAAGUGGGACAACAAGCACGGACUCUACGCCUACGUCCCAGAGGUCUAUAAGACAUACCUCUGCGGUAUUUGCGGCAACUUUGACGACAAUCCCAAAAACGACUUGACCAUCCCAGGCUCCAACAAAGCGGUCACAGCUGACGUGUUGGGCAGGUUCCAUAUGGUCGGAGGCGUGGCUGGAGAAGGUUGCACCGACACGACCAGAGUACCCGAGCCCUGCUCUGCUGAAGACAAGGCCAAAUACUCUGGGAAUGAAUACUGUGGCAUCUUCAAGAGUUCCAACAGCGCUUCACCCCUUGUCAAAGCUGUGACAAGCGGAUCUGUCGACACCUUCCGCAUGGCCAACUUGAAUAAACUAGACGAGUACUUCGAUGAUUGUGUCAUGGACCAGUGCAGCAGAUCCGAAUUCACCAAGGAAGACAGUUGUCUGGCCCUAGAGUCCAGUGUUCAAGAGCUGAUCCAGCAGCUGAACAUUGACGAUGAGGAUCUCGACGAUAAAGCUAGAAGCUUCGCAAACUGCCCCAACAACUGCGGCCGCAACAUGGUGUACAAGAAGUCCUACCGCCCCCAGUGUCAGGAUAGCUGCAAGGAACCACAGAAAUCACUCACCUGUGACGAUCUGAACACAGUUUCCGGGUGCGCAUGUCAAGACGGGUUCUUGCUGGACGCUGACCAAAACUGUGUACCUGCCGACGAUUGCGACGAUACCUGCACUGUCCAAACCGGCAACUCCGCCUUCACGCUCAAUGAUGGUCAAAGCUCUUUUGUUGAAGCCUGUAGCAAGCUAGUCACAUGCCAGAAAGGAACAAUCAACGAAACCAACCUUGGACCUUGCUCAGAGAACGCUGACUGCGUCGGUGGCACAAAAUGCGUGUGCAAAGCAGGCUUCAAAGGAAACGGCAGAGAAUGCUUCGCUGACUUGGCUUGCAAGCCCGGCUUCUACCCAGCUGGCACCAAGUGCUACCAGGUCAGGUUCGAUAACUUGGACUGGCACAGUGCCGCUUUGGUGUGUGGCUCACAAGGGGCUCAGUUAGCCAGAAUCGACAAUGAGGCUGAUUCAGGUCUAGAGCAAGUAUUGAGAAGUGUCUCGGAUUACAAAAUACUCGCAAUGGCUACCUCGAAAGUUAUCAAUUGCGGCGUUCGCAGUACAUGCAAAGCGCCAAAGAAUGAAAUUCUGCUCAGCAUUAGAGCAAAGGACAGCAAAUUCAGUAAAUCCUGCGAGGGCAAGUUGGUCAUCUCAGGCGACAGAAGCAAAGUGACCAGCAACUGUGCGGCUAAAUCAUUCAUCAUAGAGACUGUUGACUCUAAAGUCUAUAACUCAAAAGAAAGUUCCUCUUUGUGGAUCGGUGGCAACCUGGACGUCAUUGGACCAAACGCCCGGCUGACCAAAUCUCCAUACCAGGUGGACGCACCUCGACAGAUUGACAUGACCCAGUUUCAGAGGUCUUCAGGGUGCUUCCAGGCCGUCGUCGAUAAACUGAACAACGUAGCCGUGUUUCCUAAUCCAGACUGCAAAACACGUCAAGGAUUUAUUUGUGAUUAUGAUAAUACCAAAAGUAACAGUUACGAUCCAAACGAUUUCAAAUUCAUCAAGGAUGUCUCCAACCAACAAGGUGCUUUGGACAAGUGUAAAAAUUUGGGCAGGACACUGGCUGUAUUUGACAGCAUUGGUCAGCUGAACAAAGCCUUGUCCCUCAUCACGGCUAAUGUAUACGUCUACAUGUCAUAUGAUAAACAACUGGGAGACUUCAGAUGGGGUAAUGGCAUUGCUCUGAGUAACGGAUUUGGAAAUUUUGAUGGGAAACCUGAUCCUAAUCCUAAGGGAAAAGAACAAAACUGUGUUAUACUUAAUAAGGGUACAGGCAAACUACAAACUCAAAGCUGUGCCACUAAAUCAGCUGCACUCUGUGGACCAAUCACUACUUCAGUACCUGCUGGCUACACCCCAUACUUCCCAGCCACCACUGUCCAGUCUGUAACUGAGCUCAAGCAGCAACUCAUGAGGGAUGGACAGCCGGACCAGCUCUGUGCAAGUCCAUUGGACAUAGAGUGCAGUGCCUUAUCAAAUGAAGGCCGAUGGGUAACCAACUUUGACCAACAGGGCACCACCAUAGCAUGCAAGCCAGAAUCAUUCUCCUGCCUCAGUGGACAAGAACUUGAUUGUAAAACAUUCCGUGUUCGCAUCUUGUGCCCUCAAACUGACAACCAAUGUACAGAGCUGCCCAAAUCAAAGGCCACACCUUGUGAUGGUGGUAAAAUUUGCAUCCCAGCACCCAAUCACUACAUCUGUCAGUGUCCACUUGGCACACAACUCCUUGCAAAGACGCAGACAUGUUCAGGUUAUUGUGGGGAGUGCUCAGCUUGGGGUGACCCUCACUACACCACCUACUCAGGUGACAAGUACAACAACAUGGGGCUGUGCACAACACAAUUCACUGGCACCUGUCCUUUUGAUGAAGAAGGGUCAUCAGUCUCCUACCAGGUCCUGACUAAAAACAAAGCCUGUGGUAAACCAGGUGCAUCUUGCAUCAACAAACUGAGGAUCAGGGUUAAAAACCUUUCAGUGCCUGGCAUUAAUGGAGUCCAACUUAAAGAGAACCUUGAUUUUGUCGUGUUUGUGGGGGCCAAAACCUAUACAUUAAAUGGAAAAACAAUUAGCCAGACUGAUUUUACUCGAGAAGGAGUUUACACUGCAGUUGUGAGACAGAGUUACUUUGAAUUAUUUAUCCAUGAAAUCGGCCUGCAAGUUUUCCUUAGUGAUACCAAGCUCAAAGUCAUGGCCCCAGAACAAUUCAGACAUAAAAUGUGCGGAUUGUGUGGCGACUGUGGAUCAAACUUGUUUAAACUCAGAAAUGGAACAGCUGUCUCUGUCCCUGGCAGCAAGGGUAACUGGGAUGAUAAAGCCAUGGCAAUCUUUGUUGACGACUGGAAAGUGGCUGAUGAGGAUGACACAACUGCUGAAUGUCAAAUCCCUAAAGUUCUUCCAAAUGAUGGCUGCACUGAUGCUAAACGUGCUGAGCUUUCAAAACCUAACCUCUGUGGUGUCUUUAAGGACAAAAGCAGUUCAAUCCAAGAAUGUUUUGACAAGACUGACAUGGAACCUGAUUCAUACUUUGACAACUGUUUGUAUGAUGCCUGCAACCAAGAUGACUCACAAGAGGCUGUAUGUACCAUGGUCAAAGCCUUUGCUCAGGAGUGUUUGAGUAAAAACAUUGUCUUAAACUGGAGAACACCUACAUUCUGUCCACGCGUGUGUGAAAAUGGAAAAAUCUUUAGGACUGAUGUAUCGUGUGAGCCCACAUGUGGACGAUCUGUCGUCUCACAGACAAACUGCAAUGAGGCCCGUGAGGAAGGCUGUGCAUGUCCAGCUGGCAAAAUGAAACAGGGAGAAGAUUGUGUAGACCCCAAAGACUGUGGAUGCAAUGUUCCAAUGAAAGAUGGCACCAUUAACUGGCACCUGCCUCCUGGUGGCUCUGUGCUCAUGCCUGAAUGUAAAGAGACAGCUGUUUGCUACACUGAUGAAAAUGGCAGUAGCCAGACUAUUUAUAGACCAUUUAACCUAGACCAGAAUGCCAUCUGCAAUUCCAACAUUCCCCCAACUGUUGAGUGUGCCAAUGGUUAUUCCAUGGCCGCAGAUGGUGUCACUUGUAUAAGAGAUCCAAAGACAUGUUCAAGAUCCUAUGAAAAUAUAAAUGGACUCUGUGUCAAAGUCCCAAGUGAGACUAAUGAAUGGAGACUUGCACUGAAGGCCUGUAACAGGGAAGAUGGAACUCUUAUUUCCAUUGACACAGACGACAAGUUUAGCACCAUCAAAAACAUUUUAGCGGAUAAAAAAAUUGGCCCUAUCUGGAUUGCUGGUAGAGUGGUGGCUCGUAAAGGAGCUCGUGGAAUUGUCAAUUUCCAGAGUGUCUUGUCUGACAAUGACAAGGGUAAAAUUGAGGUGGCCAACUAUGACCUCCCUGAAUACAUCCUGAAUAAAAUUAAACUCUCCCCUGACAUCAGGAAAUCCUCCAUCCCAAAUGAUGGUUUAGUUCUUAGUGUCAUACUUACCCAAGAAGGCGAUGCAGUGGCUGUUCUUUCAACUUCCAAAGCCACUCCUGUUUGUGUUCUGAGAGAAGUUCCUGAAGACCAGACUCAGUGGUUUGAUAGCUGUAAUAAUGAUGAUGACAUGGAAGAUGGUGACCAAGAAACUCAUCACAGUAUGCUCAUGAAUCCAAACUGCUUGGUCUGUCUUAACCCUAUGGAUGUGCGCUGUGUUGCCAACCCCAAUCCAAAAGUUGCUGGGUCCUCUGAAGGGGACUGUGCUAAUCGCGCUGAUGGUUUGUUCUACGACUGCAAUCAAGGAAAUAAUUGCAUUGACAAAGGUGUAAGCACAAAGUGUACCAAAGAUUAUGAUGAGUGCGCUACUGGACUCCAUGAUUGCCCUGCAAACUCUGAGUGUGUAAAUACAGUGGGUGACUUUUCAUGCAAAUGCAAACCUGAAUUCCCACUCAUGGUCAGAGGACAAUGCCAGAGCUUACAGAGCUGUGUAAUGCAAGGGCCAGCUACUCCACUUGACUAUGUUUAUAAUAUUCAAACCCUGUCUGGAAAGGAAGGUCUCUUAGAUUUCACUUGUAAAUUCAAGUUGGCUACCCUGUGCAAUCAAUACAAAGCUUCAUCUGGCCUACCAUCAAUCAGCAUCUACAUCCUGAGCACCAGGGUGGCUGGUGCCCUACAGCCUUACUACUCUGGAACCUGCUAUAACCCAGAUAAUGGUGUUGUCAAAACCUGGGCUGUGACCCCUGACCUUCUACAGCAAGGUUACAUAAUGCUUGGCGACAGUGAUGCCAACUCAGUACAAACUGCCCUUAGCUUCACUGACCCAGCUACCAGUGUCAGUUAUCAGUUUGUUGCCCCUGGUACUCUUAUCAUCAGCCAUCAGUCUGGCUUUUUCAAGGUCACAAUUACUGCAAACAGCAUCCGGACCGAGUUCUCAGGAGAGUACAGAGAUAAACUCUGUGGUGUAUGUGCAGCUUCAUCAGCUGGCUCUGGGGGAUUCCUUGAGCUCAGUCAAUCAGAGCUUCAAGAGGUUUCAGUCUUACAAGAAUCCCUAUGUGCACCACGCACACCAAUCCCAUCUUUCCCCACUGAACCACCUGCAUCCCCUGAACCAAAUGGUCCUCCACAACAACCAGACCAAUCAAACACACCUAGCGCAAUAUUUCCAACCUACCCUGAUGAUGUCAGCACACGAGGUGAACCUCUAGAACCGGUUACCAUCCCAUCUGUGAUAUCAACCCUUGCCCCAGUCACCACACAGUCAACCACCUUGUCACCAGAUGAAGAUCCUUGCAGCUACCAGGCUAUUGAUGACUGCAAUGCUCUCAACCUGCUUUGUAAUGUCCCUAUUGAUACUUGCAAGGCUGCAAUUUGUCCUGGCACCCAAGAUUUGUGCCAGUAUUUGGUCUCACAACAGUUCACAUGUGCGCAGACGGAUAAUCUCAAAGUUCUUUCCAAGAGAUGCAACAAACUGUGUGGUGCCAAUAUGGAAUUCAUAUACACAUCCAGAACAGACCAGCCAUCUUGUGCCAAACCCACUAAGUCUGACAUGGUUAGCCAGAACGCCAAUGAUGAUGUAGGCUUUAUCUGUGCCUGUGAGGACGGUUAUGUCCAGAGCAGAGCAGAAUGUGUCAGGCUGUCAGACUGUGGUUGUGUCAUGCCCAGUGGGAAAUAUUAUCCUCCUGGUUUCCAGUGGCGCUCAGCCAACUGCGCAGAACUCAAGACAUGUUUGGGUAACAACAAUGUUGACGUGCAGGUGUCUUCCUGUGGUAAAAACACUGAGUGCGCCAACACUGAGAAAGGACCUACGUGUGUAUGUAAGAAAGGAUUGUUUGGUAACCCAGAUAUGCCACAAGGCUGUGAGAAAGGUGAGGUCUCCGAUGAUGGUAGCAAAACCUGCUACACCUAUGCUACAAACUCCGGUGAUGAAGAACGAUGUGACUGUAACAUGGGUUAUGCCUCCAGUUGUGAGGAAUGCUUGGACAUGGACGAAUGUGCCGAAGGAACCCAUCAAUGUAAUCUGGCCUAUGAGAAGUGUGUCAAUGUACGUGGUGGCUACAGGUGUGACUGUGCUGAUGGCUACACAUUCAAGGGAGGAAAGUGUGUUGAUCUGGACGAGUGUUUAGAGCAGCCAGGAAUCUGUGGUGACAACUCCCAAUGUACCAACAAGGUUGGUUCAUAUGAGUGCAGCUGCUGUGUUGGCUACUUAUGGAACCCAGUCUCAAAGAGUUGUGAACGAGAUAAUGCCGGUGUCCCUGACCUCCCAGAUGGCGCUGCUUGCUGCGCUGUCUGUAACGACGCUGUUCUCUGCGAUGAAUCCAUCAGCAGCCCAAUACCUUAUUGCUACACUGAUAAUGGAGAGAACAAGCAGUACUCAAGCUACAUGAAACUCUACCAGGAUCGAUGCAUCAACAACCAGCCAUUUGAUGGAGACAAACUAUUGAGAGGAAAAUGUCCUGCUGAACCAUCUGUACCACCAGUCGAAGGCAAUGAUGGAGGUAAUCCAGAUACACCAGCUCCAUUCCCAACUUCCUGUGAUGCUCCAUCACUUUGUUCAGCAGUGCCACCUCCUCCUCCAAAUCUGGCUUCAGGUCCAGUUUGUGGUCCAGCUAACUCACAGACCCCAGAGAGCUUCCCAUCAUACUGUGACAUGGUUAAAGCUGAAUGUAAGAAAUCAGGAAAUCCUGCGGACUUGCCAAAGACUUCACCAAUUAAAGCCAACCCAGGCAAAUGCAUUGGAAGUGGACAAGCGCCACCAUCAACUCCUCCACCACCACCUGCGGAACCAAUUUUCACACCCUGGACCCCCUACAGUACCUGCCAGCUUGUUGUGCCAGGGGCUGAGUGUGGUGUGGGUAUACAGAUCAGAAACAGAGAGCUCGCACCUUACGAUGAUGGCAGAAAAGUUAGAGAUGUCGCUAACUCUGAGCUAAGCUCCAACAGACCGUGUUAUGUUCCCUGUCCUAAACCAGAAUCAGGUGAGCCUGCAGAUUCCAACUGUCCAGAGACCAGUUUCUGUAAUGCCGUUGAACCUGUCUGUGGUUCCAUUGGCACAAGCGCUGCCAGUCAGUUCAAGAGUGAGUGUGAACUCAACGUCACAGCUUGCCAGAAAUCUGAUGUCCCACACAAACUUUAUGCUGGAGACUGUGAUGCUGAAGACAGUGGAGCUAAGAAACGUUACUGUGAAGAGGCUGGGCCUGUGGAUGAUCUAAUGACUUACAAUGUAGAAAAAGAUGGCCUACACUGUGUUGGCCAGCCAGUGAAUGUUGGGAACUGUGGCAACCUGUUGUGUAGCGGGGCUGAGGGCACUUGCUGUAAGGCUGUAGAAUACGAGAAGAUUCAAGUGGUGGCUGAAUGCUUUAGCCAAGCCACUAAGGAGUCAGUUGGUCAGGAAAAACACACGUAUUUCUCUGCUACUAAAUGCAUGUGCCAACCACUCAAACCCUAGAUUUGAAUUGGAAUUUUUAGCCAAGAUUUGAAAAUGAAUGGAAACUCAAUAUGGACUCUGAAUUAAGAUUAAAUUUAUGUUCAAGCAAAAUCCAUCACUGAAAUAAAAAUUUUGAAGAUGGAAA